GCAAAAAAAAAGAAAAUUUAUGGAGGUAGAGAGAGUGCAGGCCAUAGCUUAUUUAUCUAUAGCUAAGGAUACAAUCCCGGCAGAUUUCAUUAGGCCGGAAAAUGAACAACCUGCGAUAACCACAUUUCACGGUCCGCUACCUGAGAUCCCAACCAUUGAUUUGAAUGACCCUGAUCAAGAAAAGGUUGUCCGUCUGAUUUCUGAUGCCAGCAGAGACUGGGGGAUCUUCCAGGUUGUGAAUCAUGGAAUACCUAGUGAUCUUAUAUCUAAAUUACAGUGCGUUGGGAAGGAAUUCUUUGAGCUGCCACAAGAGGAGAAGGAGAAGUACGCUAGGCCUAAUGAUGCCAAAGACAUUGAAGGUUAUGGAAACAAACUUCAGAAAGGAAAUGGCGACGCAAAGAAGGCUUGGGUUGAUCAUCUUUUCCACAGGGUUUGGCCUCCUUCUCGCAUUAAUUACCAGUUUUGGCCCCAAACCCCGCCUUCUUACAGAGAAGUGAACGAGGAGUAUGCGAAACAGACGAGGGAGGUGGCGGACAAGCUGUUCAAAAGCUUGUCAUUAGGGUUAGGGGUUGAGGGGAAUGUGUUGAAGGAAGCGUUAGGAGGGGAGGAAUUGGAGUAUAUGAUGAAGAUCAACUAUUACCCACCAUGUCCUCGUCCGGAUCUGGCUCUGGGAGUGGUGGCCCACACCGAUCUCUCCUGCAUCACCAUUCUUGUGCCGAAUGAGGUUCCGGGAUUGCAGGUGUUCAAGGACGACCAUUGGAUCGAUGCCAAGUACAUUCCCAACGCUCUGAUCAUCCACAUCGGAGACCAAAUUGAGAUUCUCAGCAAUGGAAAAUACAAGGCAGUGUUGCACAGAACAACGGUAGACAAAGAUAGAACAAGAAUGUCGUGGCCGGUUUUCCUGGAGCCACCUGCAGAUCUGGUUGUAGGUCCUCUACCUCAGCUUGUAACCCAAGACAAUUCUCCCAAGUACAAGGCCAAGAAAUUCAAGGAUUACGCUUACUGUAAACUCAACAAGCUUCCUCAGUAGAAUUAUUGAUUUGAUUAUUAUCGUAAUAAUUUUAAAUUAUAUUGACAAAUAAGGCAUGCUUGCCAUUUUUUUUCAAUUUCUAAUAGUAACCAUUAAUUUAAGACUAUGCUACUGUUUUUUUAAUACUUAAUUAAUUAAUUAAUAUGUGCUAGAGUUAAUAGAGAUUUAUGUAAUUUUGCAACAGUAAUAAUGUUGUUGUACACCAAAUCAAAUUUUCACUCCAGGAAAUCGCCAAAUUUU